AGUCCGAGACUUCGACAGAUCGCAGGAUCUCCUCUCUGCGGUAGUUGACGGCGAGAGGAGCGCAGAGCGCAGAGGAGGUCAUGGAGCUUCAUUAGACUCCUCCGGCCUUUAAAAUCAUACAAAUAAUCCAGCGGCCACCGAUCAGGAUUACAGGACACCAGGCGAGAUGCAGUGCGCGUGAAGAUGUCCUCGGAGCAGCAGCAGCAGCGUGAAUGGGUGCGGGCGGAGGUCGAGCGGCUCUCUCGGGAGCUCAGCGACACCACGCGAGAGAAGAUCCAGGCGGCGGAGUACGGCCUUGCGGUGCUGGAGGAGAAACAGACGCUUAAACAACAGUACGACGAGCUGGAGGCCGAAUAUGAGACCGUCCGUCAAGAGCUCGAGCAGCUUCGGGAGGCUUUCGGACAGGCGCACUCUAACCAUAAGAAGGUGGCGGCUGAUGGGGAGAGUCGCGAGGAAACGCUCCUCCAGGAGUCUGCGUGUAAGGAGGCGUAUUACGAGCAGCGCAUGCAAGAGCUACAGGCAGAACUGCGGCAGACGCGCAACAGCCUGGCCAACAGCCAAUCAGAGAAUGAGCGCCUGGCCACCGUCAAUCAUGAACUGCGAGAGAACGGUCAGAUGCUGGAGCUGCAGAGGUCACGUCUGCGUGAUGACAUCAAGGAGUUUAAGUUGAGGGAGUGUCGUCUUCUUCAGGACUACAGUGAGCUAGAGGAGGAGAACAUCGCCCUGCAGAAACACGUGUCUGUCCUGAAACAGGGCCAGGUGGAGUUUGAGGGGCUGAAGCAUGAAAUUCGUCGCCUGGAGGAGGACACACAGUUUCUGAAUAGCCAGCUGGAAGACGCCAUCCGUCUGAAGGAGAUCGCUGAGAGGCAGCUCGGAGAAGCCCUGGAAACCAUCAAGACUGAGAGAGAGCAGAAGGCGGCCUUGAGAAAGGAGCUCUCCCAAUACAUGACCAUCGGAGACUCGAUGUACCACAGUCCUCUGAGCAUCUCGCUCGACGGGCUGAAGUUCAGCGACGACACUGCGAUCGUGCCCAACAACGACGAUCCCAUUUACCAGAACGCUUUCGAGAAAAUCACCAACGCCGAUGACAAGCGUGUUUCCACGCCCAAAAAAGGAGAACGUAUCCAUCCAUCCUCCAGCCUGGUGGACAAUCUGCUGAAUGAGCUGAACAUCUCUGAGAUCCAGAAAGUAAAACAGCAACUGAUACAGGUGGAGCGAGAGAAGGUGACGUUGCUGUCCACUCUGCAGGAUUCUCAGAAGCAGCUCGAGCAGGCUCACGGAGCCCUGUCUGAGGAACAUGAGAAAGUCAGCCGUCUCACGGAGAACCUCAAUGCCAUCCGCAAGCUCCAGGCCAGCAAGGAGCGGCAGUCUGAACUAGACAACGAGAAAGACCGCGACAGCCACGAGGACAGUGACUAUUAUGAGGUGGACAUCAACGGCCCGGAGAUCUUGGAGUGCAAAUACAAGGUUGCUGUGUCAGAGGCGAGCCAGCUGAAGGAGGAGCUCAAAACUUUGAAGGCAGAGCAUUCAGCUUGUCAGUCGCAGUACAAGGAGGAGCGGGUCCAGCUGGAGAGCCAGGUAGUGUCCCUGAGCACUCAGAUGACGUUCCUAGAACGCAGCAGCCGAGCAGACCGCGAGCAGUUGGCGCGGCUCGAGAAAGAGCUUCGGCAGGCCAGCGAAGUGGCAGGUGAAUCCCAGGGCAGCCUUAACGUAGCACAAGAUGAGCUGGCCACCUUCAGCGAGGAGCUGGCCAACCUGUACCACCACGUGUGCAUGUGCAACAACGAAACGCCCAAUCGCGUCAUGCUCGACUACUACCGCGAAGGUAAGACAGGAGUCGGCGGCCCACAGACCGAAGGCCGUGGCCGGCGCUCGCCCAUCCUGUUGACCCGCGGGCUGUUCCCUGCUGCCGACAACAGCGACGGAGCUUCAUCUCCUGUCUCCUCCGUUCCGUCUCCAUUGGCAGAUCCCCGCAAGGAGCCCAUGAACAUCUACAACCUGGUGGGCGUCAUCCGCGACCAGAUCAGACACCUGCAGCUGGCGGUGGACCGCACGACAGAGCUGUCCCGCCAACGCGUGGCCUCUCUAGAACUGGGUCUCGGGGCGGACCGAGACCAGGAAGCCAGCGUGGAGGAGAUUCUCAAACUCAAAUCGCUCCUUAGCACCAAGAGGGAGCAGAUAGCCACACUGAGAACCGUCCUGAAGGCGAACAAACAGACUGCCGAGGUGGCACUGGCUAACCUCAAGAGCAAAUAUGAGAAUGAAAAGGCCAUGGUUACUGAAACCGUGAUGAAGCUUCGCAAUGAGCUGAAAGCCCUGAAAGAGGACGCUGCCACCUUCUCUUCACUCAGGGCCAUGUUCGCCACACGGUGCGACGAGUACGUGAUCCAGCUGGACGAGAUGCAGAGACAGCUCGCCGCCGCCGAGGACGAGAAGAAGACUCUCAACUCUCUCCUCCGCAUGGCCAUCCAGCAGAAACUCGCUCUCACCCAGCGUCUGGAGGACCUGGAGUUUGACCACGACCUGGCCCGUCGGGGAGGAGUCACCGGCCGCACCAAAAGCGCCUCCUCACGGGGGAAAUCCUCUCACGACUCCACCCCGUCCCACGCGAGUCAGCCCCCCGCCUGUGGCGAGCCGGCCGGCCGUCUGGGAGCGCCGCUGGUCUUCUGCAGUGAGAAGUAUAAGAUCUACUGCGACUGAUGCAGUUCCUGAUGUACAGAAUCCUGCUCGUGCGCCGGCUCAUGCUUGCUCUGUGCUCGCCCGUAACGUGUGUUUGUGUAUUUAGGCCUGCCAGCGUUCUAGUAGCCAAGUCAGGACGUUCAGUCUGGUGAGUUGGUGAAAGCUGUUGGUUUAACCGUCGCGUCGGUCUGGACAGGCUCACUAUGAAGCUAUAAGAAAGUGUUUUGACACUGAUUUUCAUGCACUUCGCUCUAAGUUCGGCCGGUGUGCCGCUCGGCUUUCUUUGUCAAUGUGGUGCUUCUGGCAGUUUUGUAUAUUUAGUGUUAAACGUCUCUCUCCUGCCUCUGAAAUCUGCAGCCCGUCCAAUCAGGCGUUAAGUACAGACGUAAUAUGCAAAUUGAAUUGUGCCAUGUUUUUGCUAAACAGAUUCAAGAAAGAAAUUUUCUCUACGGGUUAAGCUGAAGAGUGACAGGCAGGCGGGAGCGUCCGCUGUCUAUAACUGUAUGCAUUUCUAAGAGCUUUAACUCAUCUUAGACUUGAUCACAUGGGAAGGGCUUUACAUGUGCUCAUAGUGAUGUGAUGUCAUAACAGUAUCUGGCCUUAUCUGUGCUUUCAGCUCGAAUCACGAGAGGAUAAAGCCACAUCACUGUUGUCACAGAAAUCAUCCUGCUUUUACACUAAAGACGCUUCAAGUUAAACAGAAUUGUGUUUAUAUCCUCUGCAGUAGUCGCAGUGUUUGUUUGUUCCUCUAAAAGCAACAGACGAGGUGAGUCGUGGAAUAAUGAAAGUGCUCUGAGUUACGGUGAGCUUGACUGCAUCGCAGCAGAUUUUCUGAGCAUGAAUCAUAGCUGUAUGUGCUUUGCCCUGUGUGAACAUGAGAAGCAACUCACAUUCCAACUGCUACAAAGAUGUCAGCGACCUUCAAAGCACAAAGCCUUCUUAAAACAUGUCGAUAAUUUUAGGACAGUAAACAGUUGAGAAGGUCUGGUCUGUUCCCCUAUGAUCUAGUGGUUUGCUGGUUCUGAUGGGCUUACUCUAAAUUUGAAGUCAUAUUUGUGCAAACAAGGUGGCUUGUCAUCAUCCUGUGAAUCAUCAUCCAUCCUCCAUAAAACCAUCGUCUGCAAUAAUGGUGAUGCUGAGAGCAAAUUGACUGCAUUCCCAUGAACCUUCCCAAACUGAAGCUUUAUCCUUUAAACGGUGAGAAUGCGUGUUGUGUUUCAUUGGACUUCAGCGCACAAGGAGGAAACGUUGUUGACCGAACAGACCAAUCAAAUGAAAUCGCACAGAUUUAGAUCAAAUAUUUGAAAACUGUAACACCUAUUGACUUUCUCAGAGAUUUGGUGCUUUACUCCAAUGAUAAGCUUUAUAAAUGAGUUUUUUUCUUCAUCACUCCCAGACGUGUUAAAUAUAUGAUGAAAUCAGUCUAAUAUAGAAUCUGAGAAAGUAUUAGUAUCAGCUGGUCUGUGGAGGUGAAUGGACCGGGUCGGGGGCUGUGUUGUACCGUUCAACCAUCGACUGUCAGCUUCAUUCCUCUUUAUAUAAGGAGCACAGGGGAAAAGCGCAUUGUUUCUGUUUGUUCAGUUGAUGUUUUUAGUGCUUGUGAAGUCAUAUGACAUCAACAUGUGACAGUUAGCCCAGUUUUAUUUCAUUUAUUCAUGUGAAGGUCUGGGAUGGAGGUCAGGUUGCUUGCCGAUGUAUUUAGAAGGAAAUUCAAUGUUCAGUACAAAGACACUGGAUGAGAUGAUGACAUGUCAUGAUGUUGCGUUUGUUUUACCUGAAGAAACUUUAAUAAGAAUUGUGCAGUCCGCAAAUUUGAGAGCAUGAAAACUACAACAUUUGCAAUGGGGUUAAAGAAAAACUAGUAUUCUUUUCUUUAUAACAUUUGUGUAGGUUCUGUGUUUUUUAUGACCAUUCCUCUGGUAUAGGGUUAUAUAUAUAUAUAUACUUUUUCUUCUUUGUAUUAAUCAUGUUUGUGGUGUUUUGGUUGAUAUACUUGACACGAGUUUCUUUAUGUACACUCAGUAUGCAGAUGACAAAGAUUAAUAAUCGUGAUCCUCUGUGAUUGAUAUCAAUUGUAGUCAUACAUCAUGUUGUGUUACUGCCAUGUUUGAAACUAAAACCCCAGACGUCCCGCUGCUGCUUUUUUUAAAGAGAACCUUAGAAACUUGACAUUGUGGCUUAAUCUGAAAGAGAAAUCUUCGCUAAAAACUAACCAGCAAACUUUUGAAAAGAUUCCUUUAAGCACCUUCACUCCAGCUGAAGACGGAUCGCUGACCUUUAGCAUUCAUACAAGAGUACGUCAAUUCGUUCCAAAUUGGAAUGUGUGAAUUCUCUCUGUUUAUUGUGUAUUAAGUGUCGUACACUGUUUGGGCUACAGAGAUCAGGAGAGGGCGUGGCCUCGCUCGCUUGCCCUUCACUUCUUUUGCUUUUUUGUUAUAAUCGUCAUUCUGACCAUUAGUGCCUUUUAUGAUUUCAAGAGAGAAUGUUAAACAAGCUUUUAGAUGUUUGUCGUUUGUUUGCCCCCACGCAUGAAGAUGUCUCGCUUUCAAUUGAGCAGCAGCAGCAAUAAGUUCAGAAGACAUUCAUUCUGUUGUGCAACAAUUAGACAAAUUCAACCGAUUGUACUGAAGUCUUCAGGUCAGUGAUCCUAACAGCUAAUUCAGGGUUUUUAGUAAAAGUGAUUUUUUUUUUGUCAAACUGUUUAAUGCAACAUUAAUCCUUGAUCACAUCAUUAUGAACGAAACGUUCCAAGACACGAAAGCCACGUGUUGUGUCAGAGACUGGUGUUAUUCUAGUAUUGUACGGUGAGGUAGCCGAAGGUCCUGUGAGAUGGAUAGUGUUUUUUGACAGAAAGUGUUUCUUACUGUCUUAUCGUUUGUUUGUUUGUUUGUUUUAUAUAUAUUUAUAUAUAUAUAUAUAUAUUCUUGAGCAUUUUGACAUGGUUAUAUAAGCAUUCUAAUUUCAGGAAACGGAAAGCAUUUUGCAUCAACAAGCGAACGAUGCUCUGAGCGUCACAUCUUGUUUGUUGAGGCACAAAAUUUAUAAAUGCAGUCGGCAACCAAGGGAAAACUCAAAUUAAGUGCAAUUUAUGGAACAAAAGUUGUGUGGUAAAUAAGGUUUUCUGUUUCCUGGAAAUGGCAGCAUUGUUCUUCUACUAGCUGCGCAAACUUUUAUUAUCGUGUUCCAGUAUUGAUCCAUGAGGAACGUUUGAUACCUUUAUAUGAAAUAACUUGAAUUCAUUUAUUUGUAUUUAUUUCAGACGUCGUGCAGUAACUUUAUAAUGUGCAUUUAUAUGUCAUAUGCAUGCUUUACUUUCUCAGUCAUGGAACUUUUACACAGAACUGUAAAAAUAAAGGUGAAGUCACAACAAGUUAGAAAAAGAGAAUGGAGGCAGAAAUGUAAAGAUGUGUCUGUGUAGAGGUUAGUCAUGAUACCUGAUCAAUAAAUACAAAGUCAAUGAACUUUU